AUGAGCUCCUCUCCCUCUCCUCCUGCCCCGACUCCCUCCCAGCGCCCCUCCACAGCCCACGCCUCCUCCACACCCCGCCCCAUAGCCACCACCACCUUCGUCCUCCCCGUCUCCCCACGACACACCGACGACCUCACAAGACCCUCCACCGCCCACGCCCCCCUCCCACACUCCCGCUCCCACUCCCAAAUCGGCUACCCACCCAUCUCAUACGCCUACCCCGCACACGCCUACGGGCCCUACUCCACCUCUGCCUCUGCCCGCACCUCCUUCACCCGCGUAGAGGACUCCAUAGGGCCCUAUCCCCUCUUGGGUGCUGGUGGGCGCGACAGCGUUUAUGGCGGCGAGGAGUAUGUCGAGAGCGAGGGUGAGGACGUCGAUGGAAGGAUAGACGACGUAGAUCCCCAACUCCCUCACUCCGCCUCUCCCUCCCCUCUCCCUCAAGUCACCAUCACCACCACACCACCCGUCUCAGCACCAGCUCCCACUUCCCCAAUCCCCCAAACGCCCGCUACCUUCCUCACCUUCCUCCUCCUAUCAGGACGACGUCGCUCCAUGUCCUUCGAGCCCGAGACGACAGUAGGCAGAGUGAAGGAGCUUGUCUGGAGUGGCUGGGGAGCGGACUGGCAAGAAGAACGACCGCCUGCGCCUUCCUACCUUCGUGUUGUGUAUCUAGGCAAGAUAUUACAGGAUGAGGAUACGCUUAAAGACCUCAACUUCCCCAUCUACACCCCACCCAGCACCAUCAAUUCCGCCCUCUCCCCCUCCUCCCCCACCUCCCCGACCUCUCCCACUUCCCCCACCUCCCCGCGCUCCCCCACCUCAAACACCCCAACACCCACCAUCGUCCACCUCUCCAUAAGACCCUACGCCCCUCCCUCCGACGACCUCUUCAAGAAGAAGCGAAAGGCGGCUGAGCGCUCGGAUCGUCGGCCUCGGGCUGGGCCUUGGCGUUGGGGUGGGCGACGUGGGGAGGGGAGAGGGCGGGCAGCCGGGGGAGGGCGGGGGGGAUGCGGACAGCGCGGGCGGGGGGAGAGUGCCCAGGGAUGA